ACAGCAGUAGGCUGAAGGGAAGCUCAUUUUCAUAGGAAUGUACCAAAAACGGGCGAAUGCGAAGCGCAUAACUGAGAAUCCAAGUGGAGGAGGUUUGAAAAUUUUUAAUUUUCUGUAUCAGAAUUAGAAUCAGCCAACACAAAUGCUGCGAUUAAGGGCUUUGCGCCCGACGAAUGAGAAGAUAGCGAAGAUACAAUUGCACCCGACGCACCCUUGGCUCGUUACGGCCGAUGCAUCGGAUCAUGUCUCCGUGUGGAAUUGGGAACACCGUCAGGUGAUUUAUGAGUUGAAAGCUGGGGGUGUGGACCAGAGGCGUUUGGUUGGUGCCAAAUUGGAAAAGCUGGCCGAGGGAGAAUUAGAGCCUAGAGGAAAACGUGCUGAAGCCCUUCGAGGUGGAAGUGUUAAACAGGUUAGCUUUUAUGAUGAUGAUGUACACUAUUGGAAACUUUGGCACAAUCGGUCUGCUGCUGCUGAAGCUCCAUCUGCUGUCGACAAUAUCACUUGCCCUUUUAGUUCCCCUGCCCCCUCAACAAAAGGGCGACAUUUUCUAGUAAUAUGUUGUGAGAACAAAGCUAUUUUUCUAGAUUUGGUGACAAUGCGAGGCCGAGAUGUACCAAAGCAGGAGUUAGACAACAAAUCUCUUCUAUGUAUGGAAUUCCUCUGUAGACCAGCUGCUCGUGAUGGUCCUCUUGUGGUAUUUGGUGGAUCAGAUGGAGGGAUUAGAGUUCUUUCUAUGUUAACUUGGAAGCUCGCUCGAAGAUAUACAGGAGGUCAUAAAGGAUCAGUUUCUUGUUUGAUGACUUUCAUGAGUUCUUCUGGCGAGGCCCUUUUGGUUUCUGGUGGUAGCGAUGGCUUGCUUGUGGUUUGGAGUGCAGACUACACUCAUGAUUCAAGGGAACUUGUUCCAAAGCUAAGCUUAAAAGCACACGAUGGUGGGGUAGUUGCUGUUGAGCGUUCUCAUGUGGUUGGUGCGCCACCUCAGCUCAUUACAAUUGGUGCAGACAAGACAUUAGCUAUCUGGGACACAAUGACGUUUAAGGAACUGCGCCGAAUAAAGCCAGUUUCAAAGAUGGCUUGCCAUAGUGUGGCAUCUUGGUGCCACCCUCGGGCUCCAAAUCUAGAUAUCUUGACAUGUAUUAAAGAUUCCCAUAUAUGGGCCAUUGAGCAUCCCAUGUAUGCAGCUAUAUCAAGGCAUUUAUGUGAACUCUCAUCAUUAGUCCCACCCCAGCUACUUGCAUCUCGCAAGAAGCUUAAGGUGUAUUCCAUGGUUGCACAUUCUUUGCAGCCCCAUCUUGUUGCUACUGGGACCAAUGUUGGUGUCCUCGUCUGUGAAUUUGAUGCCCAAUCACUCCCUCCUGUAGCUCCAUUGCUGACAGCACCUGGAAGUCGAGAACAUGCUGCUGUGUGUGUAGUUAAAAGGGAAUUGAAACUCCUACAAUUUCAAUUAUCUAACACCCCAAAUCCAGCAAUUGGAGGCAAUGGCUCCUCAAAUGAUGGAGGAAGAGUUAGAGGAGACACUCCAGAACAGCUCCACCUGAAGCAAAUUAAAAAGCAUAUUAGUGUUGUUCCACAUGAUUCAUACUCUGUUCUUUCUGUGAGCAGUUCGGGGAAGUACCUUGCCAUUGUGUGGCCAGAUAUUCCUUACUUCUCAGUUUAUAAGGUAAGUGACUGGUCAAUUGUUGAUUCAGGUAGUGCAAGGCUUUUGGCUUGGGACACUUGUAGAGAUAGGUUUGCCUUGCUGGAGUCUGCAUUACCUCCCAGAAUGCCUGUAAUCCCUAAGGGCAUCUCAUCAAGAAAAGCAAAGGAAGCUGCAGCUGCUGCUGCACACGCUGCUGCAACAGCAGCUUCAAUGGCUUCAUCUGCUAGUGUUCAAGUUCGUAUAUUGCUGGAUGAUGGAACAUCAAACAUAUUAAUGAGGUCAGUUGGUAGCCGCAGUGACCCAGUUAGUUGUUUGGAUGGGGGAGCGCUUCUUGGUAUUGCCUAUCGGAUAUCUAGAAGGAUAAGCCCAGUCAUCGCCAGUGGUUACUCAACAUUCCAGUCCGCACCCCCAUCAGGUCAUGGAAGUAGUUCCUAUUCUUCGUUGAGCUCCAUAGAUGAUGGAUAUUCUUCAAAAAAAUCUUCAGCUGAAGCAGCACCACCGAACUUUCAAUUAUAUAGCUGGGAAACCUUUCAACCAGUGGGCGGUCUUCUUCCUCAACCAGAAUGGACAGCAUGGGACCGAACUGUUGAAUAUUGUGCUUUUGGCUAUCAACUGUAUAUCGUCAUAUCUUCCUUGCGCCCUCAGUUUCGAUAUUUAGGAGAUGUGGCAAUUCCAUAUGCUACUGGGGCUGUUUGGCACCGAAGACAAUUGUUUGUUGCUACCCAAACCACGAUUGAGUGUGUCUUUGUGGAUGCUGGUAUUGCUCCUAUCGACAUUGAAACAAAGAGAAGGAAAGAAGAGAUGCGGCUUAAAGAGGCACAAUUAAAAGCUGCUGCAGAACACGGAGAAUUAGCAUUCAUAACAGUUGAUAGUCAACAAUCAACAUCACAAGAGAGGAUAACACUGAGGCCCCCUAUGUUACAAGUUGUCAGACUAGCUUCUUUUCAGCAUGCUCCUUCUAUACCUCCUUUCUUGACAUUGCCUAAACAAUCUACGGUUGACCGUGAUGAUUCACCUAUACCAAAGGAGUUUGAAGAAAGGAAAGUUAAUGAAGUUGCUGUUGGUGGCGGUGGGGUUGCCGCGGCUGUUACUAGAUUUCCAGCAGAACAGAAACGGCCGGUUGGACCUCUUGUUCUUGCAGGGGUGAGAGAUGGAGCUCUCUGGCUAAUUGACAGGUACAUGUGUGCUCAUGCAAUAUCACUUAGCCAUCCUGGUAUCCGCUGUCGAUGUCUUGCAGCCUAUGGAGAUGCUGUUAGUGCAGUAAAAUGGGCAAGUAGGCUUGGUAGAGAACAUCAUGAUGAUUUAGCACAAUUUAUGCUUGGGAUGGGGUAUGCCACAGAAGCACUUCACUUGCCUGGUAUAUCCAAGAGGCUGGAGUUUGACCUUGCAACACAGAGUAAUGAUCUGAAAAGAGCCCUUCAGUGCCUUCUAACGAUGAGCAACAGCAGGGAUAUAGGGCAAGAAUCUCUCGGGUUAAACUUGAAUGACAUUAUGAAUUUGUCAUCAAAGAAGGAAAAUGUCGUGGAUGCUGUUCAAGGAGUAGCUAAAUUUGCCAAGGAGUUUCUUCACCUUAUUGAUGCAGCAGAUGCUACUGGACAAGCUGACAUUGCUCGUGAAGCUCUUAAAAGAUUAGCUGCUGCAGGUUCAGUCAAAGGAGCUCUGCAAGGCCACGAGUUGAGAGGGCUUGCUUUACGCCAAGGGAACCAUGGGGAGUUGACACGGCUCAGUAAUCUGGUGAACAAUUUGGUAUCAGUUGGUUCAGGAAGAGAAGCUGCUUUUGCAGCAGCUCUCUUGGGGGACAACCUUCUCAUGGAAAAGGCUUGGCAGGAGACUGGAAUGCUUGCUGAGGCUGUGCUGCAUGCUCAUGCUCAUGGUCGGCCAACAUUAAGGGGCUUGGUUCAGGCAUGGAACAAAACACUGCAGAAAGACCUGGAGCACACUCCGUCCACCAAAAUAGAUGCUGCAACUGCGUUUUUAGCUUCCCUUGAGGAAUCUAAGAUCACAAGUCUGCAAGAUUCAGCAAAGAAGCCUCCCAUCGAAAUUUUACCACCUGGAAUGGCAUCUCUAUACGGUCCCAAUCCUGGUCAGUCCGGUCCCAAAAAACCUGGGCCUCCCCUACAGAGUUCACAGUUGCAACCUGCCAAACCAUUGGCAUUGGAAGGUCCCGCUGCCACACCCCAAAAUGCAUCCGCUUCUGCUGAGUCGGGUGCUCCGCCCACAGCUGAGUCGGGUGCUCCGCCCACAGCUGAAUCAGGUGCUCCGCCCCCAGCUGAAUCAGGUGCUCCACAGAACUCUGCUGCUUCGGCUCCAGUCACAUCAGAAUCAGUGGCUCCAGUCGAUCCACCUAAAUCCGAGCCUGCCACUACAAAUUCAGAAUCAGGCGCACCAUCAGAACCAAAGCAAGAUGUUUCUGCUCCCCCAGCUACUGAGUCAAGUGAUCCAGCUCCAUUGCCAUCGAGUGAUAUGGCUGUAGAAAAUAAGGAACAGGCACUGUCAGCAUCUAGUGUUCCAGCGCCUACUGGAAGUGGAACAGAAGGAAGUGACCCACCUGCAUCCUUGAGUAGUCCAGAUACCACAGAUACUGGUCCCCAACAAUCAAACAAUCAAGGGACAGGAGUCCGUGCUGAACUUUCUAUGAUCGACUUCACUUGAGAAGCAUUUCCAUUGACACUUGCACACAGAAUUUCUGCCGAAUAUCUAUUCAACACUCAACAAUCGUGCCCUCCCUAACUCCUUUGGCAUUUGAAUGACAUUCAACAUAUCUAUGAA